AUGGGCUCCAGGACCCGCCCCUCACCGCCACUUCUUCCAGUGCUGCUGCUGCUCCUGCUGCUACAGGUCAACAGCGUCAACAGCUUCCAACAAGAAAAUGAUGAUCUUGCUGGUCAAACAAAGGGAGAGAGCCACCGGCCCCUACGGCGAUCCAAGAGGAGAUGGAUUAUUACCACCCUGGAAGUGAAGGAGGAAGAUCCAGGCCCCUUUCCCAAGCUUGUCGGUGAGCUGUUCAAUGACAGGUCUAAUAACGAGUCAGUCAUAUUUUUGAUCCGUGGACCUGGUGUGGAUGAGUACCCCGAGAUGGGGCUGUUUUCUGUAGAAGAUCACAGGAACGGACGAGUGUAUGUCCACCGCUCAGUUGAUCGAGAAAAAACACCAUCUUUCAAGGUUUAUUUUGAUGUUCUAGAUCGCCGAUCAGGAAAAGUCCUGGACAAUUCCUUGAUUUUCAACAUUAGGAUCAGUGAUGUGAACGAUCACGCACCCCAGUUCCCUGAGAAGGAAGUUAGCCUCAAUGUGAAGGAGAGCCAUGCUGCAGGUCAACCUAUUUUCCAGAUGUUAACAGUUGAUUUGGAUCAAGAAAAUACUCUAAAUUCUCAAGUCCUUUAUUCCCUUAUUUCUCAAACGCCAUUACUGAAAGAAAGUGGCUUCCAUAUUGACCAUAUCAGUGGAGAAAUACAACUCUCAGGAUGCUUGGAUUACGAGAUGGCUCCUCGGUUUACACUACUGGUCCGUGCGACGGAUUCUGGAGAGCCACCGUUGUCAUCCACAGCCACGGUUCACAUCAACGUGGAAGAAGGCAACAACCACAUGCCCACAUUUGCCCAGGAGAAUUAUAAGGUUCAGCUUUCCGAAGGCCGCUCCAGCCAGGGUGUGCUGCGUCUCCUGGUCCAGGAUGGGGACUUCCCAUUCACGUCAGCUUGGAGAGUAAAAUUUAACAUAUUGCAUGGCAACGAAGAGGGACAUUUUGACAUUCUGACUGAUCCCAAGACCAAUGAAGGGAUUUUAAACGUUGUCAAGCCCUUGGAUUAUGAAACUCACCCCAUGUGGCGCCUCAUCAUCAUGGUGGAGAACGAGGAGCCGCUCUUCUCCUGCGAGGGGGGCCGGCUUCGGGAGCCCCGGGAGGCGGCGGCCAGCGCCACGGUGAGUGUGCAGGUGAUGGACGCCAAUGAGCCGCCGGCCUUCCACCCCAGGAGCUUUGUGGUCAGCGAACUUGAUGGCGCCGGGCCUGGGAUUCAGCUGGGGACAUUUAACGCUACGGAUCCAGACCGAGCCGCCGGCCGGAUAAGAUACAAACUGGUUCACGAUCCGGAGAAUUGGGUCACCGUAGAUGAACUCUCGGGAACUGUUACCACCAGGAAGCAAAUUGACCGAGAAUCCCCUUACGUGAAUGAUAGCUUUUACGUAAUCAUCAGUCACGCUAUCGAUGAUGGCCUCCCGCCACUGACUGGGACGGGGACCUUGAUGCUCUUCCUGUCCGACAUCAACGACAACGCCCCCACUCUCCAUCCCCGUUCUCGAUACCUGGAGGUCUGUGAGUCUGCAGCGAACAAGCCUCUCCUCCUGGAGGCAAAGGAUGGCGACCUGGAGCCCUUCGCAGACCCCUUCACCUUUGAAUUGGACAGUUCCUGGAGGAAUGCAGAAGACACAUGGAAACUGGGGGGAAGUCGGGGUCGGUCAGUUGAACUUUGGAUGUCGAGAAGGCUCCCACCUGGGAAUUACUUGGUGCCACUGUUCAUCACAGACAAACAGGGACUUUCCCGGAGGCAGACUGUGCACGUGAGGGUCUGCUCCUGUCCCAAUGGAGUCACAUGUGUGGAGCCAUCGGUCGCAGGAGCUGGGCUCCUCGUGGGGGCCCUGGUUCCUCCCUUUGUGGCGUUCUUCAUUCUGGCAGUUGCUGUGCUAUUCCUGCUGCGAUGCGAUUGUGGGUCCGAAGCCAAGGGGCUCGGGAGCCCUGUCCCACACGACAAAGGCCAGCAGUCGCUGAUCACGUAUAACGAUGAGAGCAAAGCCAUCCCAGUGCAGGGAAGGCCAGAUGCCUGGGAUCAGAUGUUAGUGCAGCUGCUGAACACAGCCGAGGCGGGGGCCGCACUGGGUGCUGAGAAUGUACACAAUGUGCUCGCACCUGCGGUGAGGGUAUCUGACCAGGAAUACUUUGCCUUGGGGACUCCAGUGCAUUACAGAAGUUCACUGCCUGUUGCGGGUUGUGACACGCCUUUUGAGCCAAGAAGUGGGAGGAACACAUAUUCUACUCUCGUUUGGCAGGAGGCUGCGGUGCCCGGACGAUGCCUGGAAGUGAGGGCGGGGACGAUGGCGGAAACCCUGAGCCAGAAGCUCUGUGGCGUUGACCCGCUAGCAGGUGACACUGGUCACCGGCCUCACAUCUACGCGGAGGAGGGAGAGUGCGAGAGAGCGGAAAGCCUCAGCUCUCUCGCCUGCUCGAAGCCCGACUCGUGAGCGCCAAAGGCUGCUCCGCCCGAAGAAGCAUGUGUGGGGUCCGGUGGCCCUUCCUAGAAAGCACGAUUCAUGGAGGGACCUCAGGGAGCCCACCCGCUGUUCAGGGGACUCCUUGUCUCCCCAGCCGUGCUCCUCCUUCCUGAGUCCCUCCUAGUCCUAAACCGACGACACACUGUGAGGCUGGAUUCUGGCGUUUUCAGACCAGGCAUCUUGAACCAAAACAAAACAACACGUUA